CUUACCUGCUGGAGUACGUGCAAGUUUAGAUAUUGCAAAAUCUCUCCUUUCUUUGGCCACUUCCAUUUCAUGCCGUGGUUUGUGGUUCCCUGUAUUUCUAUUAUUAUCAUCAUGGUUAGACUUGUUUUUAUGUAUAUACAACAUUGUAUUGGCAAGUGAACUUGGGAUCCAAUCCAAUCAUUUUUGAAGUAUCGGUCGCGUGUGUUCGCCUGAUGGAUUCAGUAUUUCAAUCUCUCUCGUUCAUAAUUUUCCUCGGUUCUCUAUCUCUCUCUCUCUCUCUCUACUCUCUGUCAGAUAGAGAUUACAUAUAUCCUGUGACGCUCUUCGAAUCAGUUUUUUUCUGCUGCUCCUCGACAUCCUCUCCAGAAAAACAUAAUAGUGCAAUGAUAAGAAUAAUGGUCGUGCUGGUGAUUUGGUGCAUCAUUACACGCUACGCAGAUUAGGAAAGAGUCGUCGGUUCAGUUCUUUAAUACAUAACGAACGUAAUGCUGGUGAAGCAGUCAUAAUUUGUAAAGUGUGGAACAGUGAGCCGUUCACUUCAAUUUUGUGGUUCAUUAUUUAUCCACUUGUUUACUGUCAUUGACAGAUACCAUAAAAAUUGAGGGUCAAUUUGCCAAAUACAAUAGGACGGCGUGUCUGUGUGUAUAUAUGUUCUGUUUCAUGAAUGUUGUAUGUUUGCAUUUUUACGAGUGUGUAACUACUACAAAAAUACUGGUUCAUCGACUACACGUCUUCUUUCAUACAUUUAGCUGGACUGGUUUGCUUUACGUUUUUAGUGGGUGGGAUGGUGGUUGUUGUAAUUUGCAACAAAACAAGCAUUGUAUAUGCAUUCAGAGUGAAAAUUAUGUUCGGUUCACUCUUCUGUUGUGUCAAUGUGUCAGUCAUUCGUCAUACUCGGUUUACAUUUGAUUCUUGAUACUCGAUCCAUCCACUUGUAACUUGUCGGGAGAAAAAAAAAUUUAAACAAAAUUUGUGGUGUUGAUGUGCAACAAAUUAUACAAUUUGGGCGACAAGGAAUGGAGAAUACAUCGUUACCACGUGCCUUGUUGUUACAGUUCUCAUGCAGCUAUCCAGCCAACCACCUCCACCACCACCAAAUCCAACUUCCGUUUCUAGCAAUGAUUCCUCGACUUGUUGUCACCAUGUUGGCGAUUCUGAAAAGAAUUGCAAUUCAACAACGUUACUACAGUCCAGAAGUGAAACGAUUGAAGGACAAGGUACAGCAACAGCAUCAACUACGGCGAAUGCUUCUUCUUCACACUUGGAAGUUGCACCCAGCUCGUCCGCCGGACUUCCGAGGAGCAUCUCAGACACAAAGAUUCGACAAGGACGACCCAAUCUUACUCUUCCACUGCCUUCCGUUACCUCUCUAAUGCAUUUUAAGAAGGAGUUGUGCCUGCCUCGAAGAAGUAGUCGGGUUCAAGAACACAGAAAAAGUUUGAUUGCAAAUACUUCACCCACACUGCCUCCACGAUGUCAUUCUCCGAUUGGUGGAAGUCCUUUGGACAGUCCAAGAAUGUCUCCUAGUCAGAAUUUCGCAUUUGCAACGAUUAAGAGGGCGGGUGAUGGUAGGCGGUGGUCAUUGGCGUCGUUACCCUCGUCCGGAUAUGGAACAACGCCUGGCAGUUCCACGGUUUCGUCACAAUGCUCUAGCCAAGAGAGGUUGCAUCAGUUGGUCAAAGACACUGUUGCUCAAGGGACGGAAGACCGUGCGGGGCCAAUUCCUCGCUAUUUUUCUUCCAAUGAAAGUAAUCCUAGUCUGGAAGAAGACGGUCACCGUUCUCCUCUACUUCGUCCCAGAUCUCGAAGUUUAAGCAGUCCGAUCCGCUCACCAGUGAUAGAGAAUGAAAUAGUUUUAAUGAAUACGAUGUACAAGGAACGCUUUCCAAAGGCGACACAUCAAAUGGAGGAAAAACUUAAAAACUUUAUCGAUGAAAAUGAAACUUUGGAGUCGAUGGGUGGCUGCGACUCAUUGAGUCCCGACUCGAUAGCAAUUGCUCGUUUUGUACAUCAUCAAGUAAUUGAGAUGGCGAGGGACUGUCUGCUUAAAUCGCAAGAAAAAUUAAUUUCGAGUCGAUAUUUUUACGAAAUGUCAGAGAAUUUGGAGCGUCUCCUAAGUGAAACCAAGGACAAGUCACCUGAAGCUGCAAAUUUCUUAACUGGUUUAAUUAAAAAACUCCUCAUAAUGGUUUCUCGUCCUGCCCGUCUGUUAGAAUGCCUCGAGUUUGAUCCGGAAGAAUUCUACCACCUUCUGGAGCAAGCUGAAGGGCAGGCCAAAGUCACACAGGGGAUGAAGACUGAUAUUCCGCAAUACAUCAUUAGCAAGCUAGGGCUUAAUCGUGAUCCGAUAGCAGAAUUGCAGCAAGAAUUGAAUACUCACAAUCUGGAAAAUGAGAAAAACGGAAGUGCUGUUACGUCGUCGGAAGACAAUUCAGAAGUUCCAUCUUCAGACAGUAACGAUCAAAAGUCCAAACUACCAAGUGAACAGGAUUUUGAAGUUGUAAAGCUGAUUUCUAAUGGGGCAUAUGGUGCAGUUUAUCUCGUCAGACAUCGAGAAACUCGUCAACGCUACGCCUUGAAGAAGAUUAAUAAGCAAAACCUCAUGUUGAGGAACCAAGUGGAGCAAGUAUUUGCUGAACGUGAUAUCAUGAGUUUUACCGACAAUCCUUUCGUUGUGAGCAUGAUUUGCAGCUUUGAAACGAAGAAACACCUUUGCUUGGUUAUGGAAUACGUAGAAGGAGGAGAUUGUGCAAAUCUGUUGAAAAAUAUGGGUCCUCUUCCUCCCGACAUGGCCAGAUUUUAUUUUGCUGAAACUGUUUUAGCAGUCGAGUAUCUUCACAGUUACGGAAUUGUGCAUCGGGAUUUGAAACCGGAUAACUUGCUCAUCACUGCAUUGGGUCACAUCAAGCUCACGGAUUUUGGGUUGAGUAAAGUCGGACUAAUGUCCCUUGCCACGAAUUUGUACGAGGGCUUCAUUGAUCGCGAAACGAAACAGUUUUCGGACAAGCAAGUGUUCGGUACUCCAGAGUACAUUGCUCCUGAAGUAAUUUUACGCCAAGGAUACGGAAAACCAGUUGAUUGGUGGGCCAUGGGUGUCAUCCUGUACGAGUUUAUAAUUGGAUGUGUUCCAUUUUUUGGAGAAACUCCAGAAGAGCUUUUUGCUCAUACAGUAAAUGACGACAUUGAAUGGCCGCCAGAUGACGAUUGGCCAGUGGCAAAAGAAACAAAGGAUCUCAUUACUUCGUUAUUGCAACAAACUGCGAGGGAUAGACUGGGAACGACGGGAGCACAAGAAGUAAAAGACCACAUGUAUUUCAACGGCAUGGAUUGGAAUUCGUUAUUACGGCAAAAGGUUGAAUUUGUUCCAAGUCUGGCGAAUGAUGAAGACACGUCGUAUUUCGAUUCUCGCGUUGAUCGUUAUCAGCAUGAGCUUGAAGUUGACACGGAUGACACUGAUGAUUCACCACUGUUUGGAUUUUCUUCGUGUUCUCAUCGAUACAGGAAAACCCAAACUCGAACCAGAUUGGCAGAAGAGAGUUUUGAUCGUCAAGACUCAAGUGGGACAGGAAGCGAUGGAUCUGGUAGCACAUGCAAUCCAGAUAAACUAAAAAGUGUCGACGCUACUACCACAUCCGAAGGAGGAGAGAGAAUUGAUACAAAUUGCUCCCCAUCAACGUCUAACGAUGCAAAAAUUGCGCCCCAGCUAAGUACUCCCGAGUCGUCACAAACAGAAAGUGAAGAAGUCUCUCCGCAAGUUCAUAGAAGAAGGAAAGCACAUCGGGAUUGUCUCCCCCGGUUUUCGAUCUCUACUUCAAAUGCAGAAGCAAUAAUGACAGAAAUUAGAUUAGCCAGUGAAUCCUCUUCUCAUGCCUCAAAAUUCGUAGACGAGACUGACUCUUUUCACGGACUCUCUUCACCACUCCACCAAUCAACUCCAACCUCUAAAAAGGCAGUAACUCCUCGAAACGUCGUCAAGAGUGCUUCGGCUUUUGGAUUAUCGUUACAGAUACCUGAAAUCGACCCUGCCUCCGUCCUGAUGUCCACCACCCAACACUCAGUACAAUCACCGGGUGGGUCAAGCACGGCGAGUUCGCGAGAUACGUCUCCAUGUCGAGAACUCUCUCCCCUAAUCAACAGUCUCAAACCACCGAUUAUUCUAAGGCGUGGACCGCAAGGUCUUGGAUUUACUCUGAGGGCAAUUAGAGUUUAUUUCGGGGAUACAAAUGUGUAUACGGUGCAACAUUUGGUUAAGGAAGUAACGGAAGGAAGUCCUGCGUUUGAGGCUGGUCUUCGUCCUGGUGAUCUGAUAACACAGGUAAACGGCGAGCCGACGCAAGGUCUUCUUCAUACACAGGUGCUUCAUUUGCUAGUAUCCGGAGGUGACCAAUUGACUCUGAGAGCUACUCCUCUGGAAAAUACGUCCAUCAGGUCAGGAGGUAGAAAGCGAGAACCUGGACAGUCAAAAAUGGCAAGGACUCCACUGCUCAAGUUUCGACGAGCAAAAAAGGACAGUACAGAGAAACGACGCAAAUCUCUGUUUUUGAAAACUCUUGCCGGAAAGAGAACCCCGGCCGAAAUCCAACACUUGAGGUUAUCGUUGGGAAAUUCUUCACUUGCUCCAAGUCGAAGUUUUCAGUCGCUAGCAAGAUCGUUUGAAAACGUUCAACAGCCAAGUUCUCCCACAACAAGUAGAUCCUCACAGUCACCCCCAUUGGCGAGAAUCUUCUCAUUAACAGAUUCUCCCAAUUCUACAGCAAAUUCAUCACCCUCAAGCUCCCCUGGAUCUUCGCUGCCUGACAGUCCUGCAACCCUUGGACCAGCUGGCCUGCUCGGUCCUCAUUUUCAACGUCCGUCCAGUCUGCAUGGACUAAAGCAUAAACUUCACCACCAUCAUGCUUCUAGUAAGAACAUACACUCUCCAAAUCGCCGCAAGUCAGUCGGUCACAUUCCACUGAGUCCUUUGGCAAGGACUCCUUCUCCCUCUCCAAUCUCCUCCUCUCCAACCAGAUCUCCUAGUCCGUUGGCAGUAACGUCUAACACCGUGUCCUCUCCUGGAGUCUCAUUCUCCACGACAUCGUCCCUUUCUCCGGCUUCCGUCUCUGCCAAGAAACCAUUCAAUCGACCGAAAAACACAGAGCCAGGCUCCCCCUUAUUGCGACGGGCACUUUCACCCGAUCGGGUUCAUCACCCACGCACAACUGAAGCAAAAGCAAUUUCCCCGUUAUGCAACCCUUGUAAUCCGAAGGUUACAAUUUCUUCCCCUCCUAAAGUUACAAUAACAUCGCAAGUCCAUACCUCCCCAAUCUGUAAAAGUUUUCCGGCUUCUAAUAAUACCAUUGUUACUACCUCACCAGUUCCUCCCAAGCAGCAGCCCGUCCCAGAACCACCUCGGCCUCCUCCCAACAGAGCCAGGAAAGAUGGGAGAGCUGAAGUGGAGAACGAAAUUGUGACGAAAACUUCUUCACUAUCCAUUAGCGAGAGUUCCUCGUCAAAUUCUCUGUCGUCUACUGUAACGAUUGGCUUACCAAGAAUCGCAGAAGAAAAAGAUUCUCCAAAAGAAGAAGGUGGAGAAUCUCAACCUGCAUCAUUGGAUGCUUCUUCAUCUUCUUAUACUGCUAUAGCUACUUCUACUACUGGGACAAACAAACCGUCUGAUCCGCCCUGUCCAGUAGUGACAAAUAAUCCUACAUCAUCCGAACAACGAGAAAAUCCAGACAACAACACCCCCGUCGUAAAUGCUAUUAGUUUAAAUAGUGGUGCUUUUUCCCAGAAAGUAACUAAUGCCAAUAGUAAGUCUACUAAAGAUAAAUCGCCGCAGAAACCGGAAGAAAAGCCGAAAAUAACUGGAAACAAACAGUCUCUAGCUUCACCAUCGGAAUCAGUGUUAAAUCAGCAAAAGUUAAGUUCCGCGAGACCUUCUUCGUCGUCAUCGUCGUCGUUGUCCACCGUACCUGCUGCCACUCCGAAGGAUUCUAAGAAAAGCAAAGAAUCCUCAAUUGGAUGGCUGAAAUCAAAGUCGGACAGAAAAUCACCUUAGGACCGUUUGCAUAAUAAUAUUAUUUACUUAGAUUACCCCUCAAAAAAGCAUAAUAAGUAGUUCAUUCUAAAUCUCAGACUAGUUUACUCAAGUAGCACGAUAUUAUUAUACACACAAUCCACUAAAACAGUUUUUCAUUGUCUCAUUUAUAGCAUUUUAGUUAUCCACAACAACACCAUGGUGUUCAUUACACCUCAGAUUAAAGAGACUGACACUCUUCGUGUUUGGUUAAUGGGCAGAAUAAUUUGUUAAUGCACCAUAAUAAUAAUAAUACUAUGUCUAGAGUCAGGAUUGAGUGAUCAAUGUGGUGAUGUCCAUCAAAGUGUCAUAAUAAUGUUUUAAUGUUGAAUUAGAGCGUAGUUAACUAUUAGUUAUUGUUCUUAUCAACGUGAUUUGUGCGAAUUAAUGUAUAUUACAAUCAUCGCAGGGCAUUGAACAUAAUGGUCUAAAUAUUUUUUUGAAUGCGUUAUUGACAAUUCUUUGCAAAUUUGCUCUGUUAUUAAAACAUUUACUGCAUGCGUAGAAGUCCAACCCUGACGCCACGCAACUGCAACUAUUAUUAUACUUACCCGCUAGUACUAUACCUGGAAAAAUUGUCCCGUACAAUGUAUUACUAUUUUUUCAUUAAAUGUUACACCUUGUUGUUUUUGUGUCAUUCUGUUAUAAAAAAAAACUGUUGGUGCAAUUUGCUCAUUUGGGUACAAUCGCAGAAUCGGUUAAUUCCCGACUCUUUAACGAUAGGAUUAUUUCAGUAUGCUGCUUUUGUUCCUCGUUGUUGUUGUUCACAUCCAGCAUGUAAUUGAAGUGACGUGAAUUAUGUAUGAAUACUCUCAUUAUGUAGAAAUUUAGAAUCUAAAAAAUAACUGUUUCAAUCUCAGCCCAUGAAACUUGUGCAUAAUAAUAAUUCACAUAAAUAUACCUACUAUGAUAUAGCAUAGUUCUCGCAAAACUUGCAUUUAUUGACGCCAUAUUAACAUUAAUAAUAGAAGAAGAAAUAGAUAUUAAAAUGCAAAAUCCGUUUCCAAUCGUUGUUUUAAAUUGCAAAAAGUUGAAUGAAAAUCGAAUUGAAAAAGCAAUAAUAAACUAUUACAAAUGCUAUGAAAA